AUGGCACGGUCGCCGACGGGAGACAUCGAGUCCGGCGAACGGCCUGCUCGGAACUCAAUGUCGCUGGGUCUCGACUCGCAUCCAAGCUUCAUCGACCCUAACGCGCGCGCAGGGAAUCAGAUCGUGGGCGGCGAGGGUACGACGAACGAGACCGAGCAUGGCUUAGACAAGGACGUGAUCGGAGAAGUACGCAUUGCUACUAGCGAUGCGGCACGCCUGGCAGACGAAGAGCGUACGGCGCCGCGUCGUGAAUCUUCACAGGCUGGGUUUGAUGUGUCGGGCGAUGUGUAG